UUACCCAAACUAUCUUCUCCGAACACAUUCUCGUUCUCUGUAGCCCUGCAAUAGCCCCGCGAUUGCAGGGCUUUUAUGCUCCGUUGCCUGCUUACCUCUCUCUCCAUUUCUUAGCUUUCCAUUAAAUCCAAUUAAUCUUCUGCAAACACUAGAAUCCCUUGUCGCUGAUCUCUCUCCCUUCACAUUCACUGAGAAGAAAGAAUCAUCCAAAGGAGUUGGAAUUCUAGGGUUUCUUCAUGAGUUGCUCAAUGUCUCCUCUUUUGUUUUUUAUUGGGUGAUCAUAAGUUUCCAUUUGGAGGUUUUCUGGAGCUUCUUGGGCUGUUGGAUUUGCAGAUCUGAUUUUCAGGUUAUUGGAGACAGUUUCGCAGUUCAAUUGCGCCUGUAAAGAUGUUUUGGCGUAUGGCAGGAUUGUCCACGGCAUCUCCCGUGGAGACAAUUCUGGAUAAGGAGAACUUCAGUAUGGAGGAACUUCUUGACGAAGAUGAAAUAAUUCAGGAAUGCAAAUCGCUCAACGGUCGUCUUAUAAAUUUUCUGAGAGAACGGGCCCAGGUGGAGCAACUGCUUCGCUUCAUUGUUGAGGAAGCUCCUGAAGAGGCUGAAAAGAGACGAACUUUCAAGUUCCCUUUUAUUGCUUGUGAGAUUUUUACUUGCGAGGUUGAUAUCAUACUCAAAACAUUGGUAGAGGAUGAGGAGUUGAUGCGUUUGUUGUUCUCAUUCUUGGAGCCUAACCACCCCCAUAGCACAUUAUUAGCAGGGUAUUUCAGCAAGGUUGUCAUAUGCCUGAUGUUACGGAAAACAAUUCCAUUUAUGAAUUAUGUCCAGGCUCAUCAGGAAAUUUUCCAUCAGCUGGUUGAUCUAAUUGGGAUUACGUCCAUUAUGGAGGUUAGCAAUUUCCAACCUCUGCCUGCAUCAGUGUCUCAGCGCCUAUACAGCAGAGGGAGUAUUCACCCUUUCACGUGCAUGCACUGCCAUAUUUUGAUGGAUACAAAUUCACAGAGUGCCUCCUGCUUACUGCCAACAUGUAAUUCUAAUCUAUCCAAUAUUUUCUACACAAAUUUAUUUACAUGGACAUGGAAUUUACAGGAUUGUCCUGAAGUGCAUGCCAAUGCAGCAGAAAUACUCUGUGCCAUAACUCGUUAUGCUCCUCCUGGCCUUGCUGCAAAAAUUGCGAGCCCAAGUUUUGUUGGAAGAUUAUUUCGUCAUGCAUUGGAAGAUUCAAGACCAAAAUCUGUUUUAGUUCACUCAUUGUCUGUAUGCAUAUCAUUGCUGGACCCCAAGAGGUUAGCAUCAGGUCCAUAUCAUACAUAUGGCCGCCAGCUGUCUCAUGGACCAGUAGUAACUGCUACUCCUGAGACAGUUGAAGGCAUGCUGGAGAGCGUUGGUGAUUUACUCAAACUUCUGGAUGUGUCAUCUGCCGAGAGCAUCUUGCCGACUACGUAUGGAAAGCUGCAGCCUCCCCUUGGAAAACACCGUCUGAAGAUUGUGGAGUUCAUCUCUGUUCUGCUGACAAUUGGUAGUGAAGCUGCGGAGAAGAAGUUGAUUCAGCUAGGAGCCAUACAACGUGUUUUAGAUUUAUUCUUUGAGUACCCAUACAAUAACUUUUUGCAUCGCCAUGUGGAGAACAUUGUUGUUUCAUGCUUGGAGAGCAAGAGGCUUCCACUUGUUGAACAUCUUCUUCACAACUGUGACCUUGUUGGAAAAAUACUAGGAGCAGAAAAGAAUUGCACUUUGGCAACUGAUCCAGACAAGCCAACAAUUCCUGUUGAGGGAAAAUCACCACCAAGAAUAGGAAAUAUUGGACAUAUUACACAUAUGGCUAGCAAGCUUGUUCAAUUGGGGGGCAGCAAUAGUCAAGUGCAGAAUUUUUUGCAGGAAAAUGCUGAAUGGGUUGAUUGGCAUGCAAAUGUCCUAGUCAAACGCAAUACAAUGGAAAAUGUCUACCAGUGGGCCUGUGGGAGGCCAACUGCUUUACAGGACAGAAAUAGGGACAGUGAUGAUGAUGAUUUUCGUGAUAGAGAUUAUGAUGUGGCAGCAUUAGCUAAUAACCUGAGCCAAGCUUUUAGAUAUGGCAUCUAUAGUAAUGAGGACAUUGAAGAGGUGCAUGGUUCACUAGAACGUGAUGAUGAGGAUGUGUACUUCGACGAUGAAUCUGCUGAAGUUGUCAUCUCUUCUUUGCGUCUGGGUGAUGACCAGGACAGUGGGACUCUCUUUACAAACUCCAACUGGUUUGCUUUUGAGGAUGAUAGAAUAUCCAGUGAGCGCUCGAAUGGUUCGCUUGCUUCACCCUCACCUAAUGCAGAGACUGGUGUUAUCAGCAGCGGCAGUGAUGAUGAAGUUAUUGUCGGUGAAGAUGAUGACCUAGGUGAUACAGCUACAUCUUUACAAGUGCCAGAACCAGCACCCAAGGUAGAGGAUCCCAGUGGUGCAGUUACACCAGAUGGUCUGUCACAGGAUCUGAAAGAAGAAAUGAAACCUGAUGAUGGUGAUAAAUCACCAGAAUGGGUCCAGUGGAGAGAGACAUCAGAUGGCAUUGAUCCAUCUAUUGCAGAUCAUCUGCGUCUACCAAAUGGUGAGAUGGAAGUGGAUUCAAAGGAUCGUACCGAUAAUGUUGACACAGAUUCUAUUGAAUGUUCAUCGCCAUCCACUGACAAUGUGAAUAAUAGUAGCUUCAAGGAAGCCAGAGAGUCACCAGAGACCAAUAGUGAGAACCCAAGUCUCAGUCACUCUGAAACGUCAGAAUUUGGUGAUGGAAAUUCUGUUUGUGACUUAGGUGCCCUUGCUGAUGUAGAAAUGGUAGGGAAAGAAAGCAGCACUGAAGCUGCAGAACACGAGAAGAAAGCAGUUGCAGAUGAAGCAGAAAAUUAAUGCUAGUUCUACAAAUUUGUUUGGUGGUGCUGCCCUGAUGAGGAUCUGGCUGCAGGUUGCAAAGCCAAGGGUGAACCUGCAUGGCUUUCGGGGCCCUACACAAAAUUCCAAAAGUUUUAUUGUGGGUAAUGUAGUGCCCCCUUAUAUCAGAAACAGAGGAUGUGGUCCCUAGUCUUCUGACAUCACUAACUGUUUCCUUUGGCCCCCACCCCCUCCCUUUGUCAAAAGCCGAAAUUUUUAUCUAUGAAACUUAUCUUUGGUACAUCGACUGUACACGUCAAACAAAAAGCUUGUAAAGUGCAGGGUGGAUUGUAAAGUUUUCAUUAGAGGAACCUUUUUUUUUUUUUUUUUCCUUUUUUUAUGAUAUACAUUGAAGUUGGCCAUGCAUCAACCUCACUGUUGCUCUUAUGCUAUUGCUGUGUUGUUAGUAUUGACCCACCGUGGGUAAUAAUUGAUUGGUAUGUACCCGGCAAGACUAGCAAUGGGGACUCAUUGGGAUGAAUGCGUUCCUAUUGUAAGGUUGAUUUAUUCUUUAUCUUCAAUGAAGCCUUUUCUAUAUCA